AUGGAGGAACUAUCCUCCCCCGGCAGCAUCGGCUCGCAUACCACAACUGCACCAACUUCGGCCUCGAAAGUCACUUACACGACGGCCGGCACUCCCUACAAUCCCAGCACUUCCCAGCCACUGCAACCACCUGCUCGACGAGGUCGUUCCCUCAAGUGGCCUGCCGGUCUCCCAGCAGUUGGGCUUUCUCUGCUUCCCAAAUCUGUACUUGCGACUCUGCCGCUCAAAGCCGGUACUCGAUCUUCAUCUAUCCAUCAGUACAGUCCCCGGGCCCAAUUUGACGGAGCAUCCAGUCCACUGAACGAACCUGACCACAGAUGCAUCAACAUGUCUACUCAAGUGCCCCGUAUGGGAUCUUCGACAACUCCAUCGCCGCUUGCCUCUCUCUUCUCUGAGGUCGAACAGGACACGUUGACCAACGCCGACCAGAGCGACGAAAGCGACGAUGAAGGUGAACUUGGCAUGGAUCCGUUGUUGAGCAUGCCAGUAAAGUCCCUCCACAACCUGGCUUCUUACCCAAACCCGAAUCAGAAGCGAGCUCAAAAGGCCCUUCUUCGAGGACUCAAGCCGGCUCUGGGAUUGAAGAUGACUACUCGCAGCGACGAGCCGUCUACUCCGCUCCCUCGCCCAGUUGGUCUCACAGAUGCACUCAAUAAUAACACUGGCUCCCACAGUCCAUUUAAUACGACCCUCACUGAGACGCCCCUAAUCGGUAGAUCUCACGACGACGCGUUCUGGAACCCACACGACAAUCAGUUGCACAGCACCCUGCCUGGAAGUUCCAAGGGUUUCAACCGUGCAGUUGGUAGCAACCCUUUUCGUACUGCUAGUACUCUGGGAUCAGCCACUGUUGGCUCAGGCUCAGGCUCAGGCGUGCCACUGCCUCUGACCGCCGGCCCUCCUGGUCAACGUCAGUAUCGACCAUCUACAUUUGAAUCCACAUUCAAGGCACUCCAUACCAACACCCCAAGCCAGGAUGCUUCCCAGGAUGAUGACGAUGACGUUCUUGUCAUUACCCGCCAGACCCUUCGACAAGCGGGUAUUAGUACCAGUGGUCUGGCACAGAACUUGUCCCCUUUUGAAGAGUCGACUCCAUCCGCUCUUAAGGAUGCCCUUUCUGCACCCGACAGAACUAACAGAGCCACCGAAGACUCGCCUUCCAGCAGUGAUACUAUCCGAGGUGGCGCAUCUGCCGACUGCUUGACAAAUGCCUCCCAAUACACAGGAAAGACGGCAUGGUCUCGGAUUGGGACACCGGUCAUGACAUCCAAUUGCUGGGCAUCACCACAGGAACGAAGCCAGCCUCGAUACAUAUCGGGACCUCGAAUUCGUACAGCAAAGGAUGUAGAGGCACAUAGUAAAAAGCUCAACCGAGCCUGGUAUCACGGAGCUGAGUUCUUGAUGGCUACCUCGGAUGAAAUUGCCCUAAAGAUGCGGUCCCCCAACGGAAAGGGACGGUUUGGUGCAAUUGGAGAUGGACGCCCGUUGAAGGGGCCUGAAUUUCCUCCCCCCGCUACCAUUGAAGAGGCCAAUCAAAUCCCAGUGACUGAUCACGUCCAACCAUUACUCAACGUGGCAUUUGUAAACGUGAAGCGGUUUAUCGAUGAAGAGUGGCAAAAGAAGAACGAUGAAGCUGAAGCUGCCACCAAAUAG